AUGGCCAACCUCAAUCUUCAUGGCAACGACUCGAAAUGGAGGUGGGGUAACCGUCCUUCCUCUCCUGCAGAGUCCUCGGAGUCGUCUUCGACGGCCAGUCGAAGCUCCACACCAAAGCUUGCCUGGUCCAAUGCAUCGACUACUUCACUUGCUACCCCAAUCACUCCGGCGACAUCGCAUAGUGACGAUUUUGAAUCGAGGACGUCUACCCCAACUGCGAGUCGCAGUUCUACGCCGAUUGCACCAGUGCCAACGAGACCGAUGAGGCCGAUAUUUUCCGUACCCAACGGCUCCUCAUCCACCCUGAGUGGUUCCCAUGCCAGUUCGUCUUCGAUCUCCGGUUCGCCUCCAGGACGCUUCUUCGCGUCUUCAAGCCCAAAGUAUCACCACGAGCAUUCGAUACCGCAUGCUCCUCCAACGCCCAAUCCUUUCCAGAACCGAGACGCACGCAAAUCGAGUGCUGACAUCCCCUCACGGGGUACCCCGCGUGAUAUUCCACAGAUAACGGUUACCAUCAUUACCCCCACCAUCAUCCAGGAAAUGACCAAACUCAUUCCAUCCAUCCUCAUGCAGCUUCGUUGGCAUCCGCAGUCACGUCGCUUGGCGUAUGUUUGGACCAUUCAGAACCCAAAGACUGCUCUACUCCUGUGGAUGUGUGACGACAUGGAAGCUUGGCGACAAGCUGCUUUUUUCGACCUUCAUGAUGGGCAGCUUCCCUUCACAGAAGACAUGCUCUAUAAUAUUGCGAAAGAUCCGGACAAAGUUCUAGCGACCCAGUGGCGAGUGAUGUGCAAGGACCUCCCAAGAAAUGGAGGGCAUGUUGAAUAUCAAACCGGGGAACCGUUGCCUCUGCAUUCACUCGGUCCCUUGUACGGCGAGUGCUCGUCGGACCUCCGCCAUUCACACCGACAAAUACAGAAAACGCUUGAUCGCGUCCGAUGGCUGUCCGACAACUCGCCACAAACCGACCGAGUUUAUGUGCGGAAGAAGUUGAUUCUCCCUCCCUCACAAAGCUCUCAGAGGAAAACCAUCCUGGCGCAAAUUUCCAAGUUCCGCAAUGUUCACCACACUAACCUCGACAAGAUUUUCUGCUCGUAUGCCCAGAACGAUGUGAUUGGUUUCGUGACGGAAUCCGCGCAGUAUGAUUUAGAAGAAUACCUGCGCUUCUCUUCGUCGACCAUGACCGUCUCCGGUUCUCAUCCUUGGGUGGCAGAUCUAGCAGCGGAAGCUUUGCAACGGCAGAACCGCCUGCUGGGCUGGAUCAACGACCUUGCACAGGCCCUGGCAUUCUUGCACGAUAAGAACAUCUCCCACCGCUCUAUCCGACCCCGAAAGAUUCUCAUUUCGUCGAACCGCAUCUACUUCUCCGUUUUCGGCGUCGGCGACAACCCAUACGUUGCAGCGGCCUGGUCGAGGCCCAAUGGCAUCAAUGGAACGGUUGCCGAGUCCGACCGCCAGGCACAGCAUGAUUCCGAAACAUACAUCUACGCCGCACCUGAGAUUAUCCGCUCACAUGAGUCGGGAGCCGGUUUUUCGAGUUCACGAGUCGACUCGUUCAGUCUUGGGUGUGUAUUCUUAUCGAUCUUGACGGCGGUUCGGGGUUACGAUCAAGCGGAUUUCGCCGUCUAUCGUGCAACCGAGACAAGGGAUUACAGCUUCCAUGCCAAUCUGAGCCGCGUCGCCCAGUGGAUCCGUCAUCUUCGGAAUUCCCGCUCGAAUGCAUCAAGCGGCAGCCAGACGCCCACAGCAAACGGCGUCACGGCGGUGGAGAGGGGGUUUAAAUCCCUACACAGUGGGAUCAUCCAGAUCAAAGGCAUAGCUGAAUCGAGUCAGUCCCAGCCGAUCAUGAUAGGAGCGGCAAACUUGGAUGCCGACGUCACGGAGGCUCUCGCGUUGGUUAAGCGGAUGAUGUCUCCAGAACCAUCGAAACGGGACAAGAUGAAGCGGAGUGCGGCAGCGUUCGCAGAAUGGAACAUCGAGAGGCAAAGGAGAAGGGAGAGGCGACGGAACAGCAUCAGCAACGUGGUUGGCGACGGGAAGAGGUGGAAAGAAUUGGCCGAACUGGAAGCAUACUAUCGUCGAGGAUGA